UGUCCUGAUUCAAUAUGUCACCUUUAUUCUUGUGUGCGUAAAGGCUACGUCAAGCUGCUGUAGCCUCUUCGUCUGGAACGUUGAGCGUUCGCCAUGGCACAACCACGCUCAAGAACAAGACCUCCUCAACACAUGACAAGGAAUAUCUACGACCAGCUCUUUCAUCACGGGUCGAGUCUUUCUAAGCUAAGAGAUGCGAUCGCAGCAGGCCGCCUCCUCCAGUCUUCAGAUGGUGGUAUCGGUGUACCAGGCAGAAGUCUAGCGUGGAAGCUGUUCCUCUUGAAGAAUGUGCCGCUGGAGCCUGCGCCUCACGAAAUACCAGUACCGCCGCUCGAGGCUUUACGCACCCAUCGAAGGCAAUACUCUGAGCUGCUGCUGGAGAAGAUGCGGGCACCAGAUGGAUCUUACGAUGAGACUUUCGUCGUACCAGGACUUACCAUUCCUCGGAGGAACACCAAGCGGCCGACGGACUUGGAGACGAACAACCCUCUCAGUUUGCAUGAUGAGAACCCUUGGAGAGAAUGGUUUGCAGCUGUAGAUCUCAGGAAGACUAUCCAGCAAGACGUCGAGCGGACUUUCCCUGACAUAGGCUACUUUCGUGACGACGACGUACAACAACAGCUCACCAAUAUCCUGUUCUUGUAUGCUGUCAUGCAUCCCGAUAUCGAAUACCGGCAGGGCAUGCACGAGCUGCUAGCGCCCAUGUACUAUGCUGUAGAUUAUGACUCUACUGCCGAUGACGCUACAUCACCGUCGGAUGAGUCCGUCUUUCGGGAGAUUUGCUCGCGGGAGUGGAUUGCAGCUGAUUCGUGGGCACUUUUCUGCGCCAUCAUGAAUGACAUCUCCAAGUGGUACGAGUGGCGCGAACCGUCCCCCACAGAAACGUCCUCCGCCCGUGGUCAAGUGAAUUUUAAGCCAUACGUAUCACCUAUUAUCGUGGCCUGCAACAACGUUCAACAUAGUCUCCUAAAGUCUGUCGAUCCCAUUCUUCACGGCGCGUUGCAGAGCUCGGGUAUCGAGCCGCAGAUCUAUGGCUUACGAUGGCUUCGCCUGUUGUUCACGCGUGAACUUUCGAUGGACGACGCGAUGAUUAUAUGGGAUGGGCUGUUCGCGAGCCCAAUCCCAAUUUCUGAGCUCGCCCAGUGGAUAUGCGUGGCUAUGCUUAUACGGAUACGAACCAAACUGAUUCCAUCGGACUAUAGCAUGCAACUCACAUACCUAUUGCGAUACCCUCCGUCUCAGGCGGAAGAUGGAGCCCCGCAUCACGCAAUCCUACUACUUCGACAAGCGUCGUCUUUGGAAAUGUCCCGUACACCGUCCGCGGGCGCGAUUGUGAUGACUGAAAACCGCAACCUUCUGAAUAUUCCCCUGGAAGUACCGGAUCCACCCGUCCAAAUGAGGCGGAGGGCACGACCUCCAGGCCAUCAGAUCUCAUCAGAUUUUCAGGGAACACCCACUGGCCAAACAGAGCAUAUGCGUCAAUCGUCUUCAUCCCAGAUGGGGCUACCAGAACUAAUUGCUCGAGGGCUCAUGGAUCGCGGGGAGAGCCUCGGGAUUAACAAAACUGUGAUGAAUGCGGUAUCCGAGCUCAGGCGCAACCUUCCCGAAUUGGCUGCAUCUCUGGUUCGCACACCGUCCAUAUCAGCGCCGUAUGCAGCAUAUCCCUUGCUCGACGAACAGAUAACAGAUGGCAGGCACGUUUCGGAUACCGAAAGCCGCAUAGCAGCGGAACGUGCUGCAACAGAGCUGAGCGCGCAGAAUUCACGUCUUGGUGAAUCAAUUACUUGGAUACUGGGCGUUCUGCAGUCCAAGGUAUCAUCGGAAGCCAAAGAUGAGGAUACUGAGAGGGCGUCGGUCCAGCAAAAGGAAGCUCUCGAGUCACUAGCUUAUGUGAGGGACAUCCUAGGCGGGGAGGUUAAGGAGAUUGACGAGCGCCGGUUAUGGGGGGCAGAAGAAUACAAUAAGCGUUUGGAAGGUCAGAGCAAGCAAGAGGCCAGGGAAGCGUCUGCCUUUCAAUCCAGACAACGUUCUAUGACGACCCCCCACGCCCUCAGUGCUACAAACGAGCACCCACCACCACCAUUACAACGGGAAGUUCGACAAUUUUCUCCAAACACGUCCGGGACUCCUGUGUUUCUUCGGCCAACAACAUCUGCUCCGUUACACUCUUCUUCAAUGGCCUCCAGAGCGAUUCCUAUGGCAUCGGCAACUCAUAAUCGCUCUCAGUCAUCGACUGGGGCGCUCCCCGUCAAGGCAAUUACAAUGCAACGGACACCCCUUCGCUUAUCAUCUAACAAUCCUUUCCAACGCACGCCUGACACAGGCGGGAUCCCGCCUGCGGCAAGCGAUCAAACUCCGAAGAUCCGAAGUGAAGUACAGCAGCACGAUCCGCUGGGAGUUCUCAAGUAGAUUGUUGCCUGUGGUGGUUGAGUAGAAUCUUCAGGAGAUAGUGAUCGUUCUAAUAGAUAUCUGUACCUGUGGGGCUUAUAGGUUAAUGCACUUUAGAUUAUGGUAGAAGAUUAUUGCGGAGGUUGUACGGGAUUUGAUAGGGUGACCAAUGGUGGGAAG